UCAUAACUACUCGGCCAUUCUGCAAGGGUGAGAAUUGUGUAAACACAAACGUCAGAAUGAUCCAGAAUUAUCGAGGAACAGUAACUCUGACAAAUGGUUCUACUUUCACUUCUCAAUUGGCUUGGUGACAAUUGUACUGUGAUCAGAGAGAAUGGACCACCUUUUUAAACAAUUUCGGGAACAGUGGGUCAAUUUUGACUUCAAAACGCUGAAGGAAUUCCUAGAGAAGUAUGACCAUGAAACUAGGAAACAUUUAGUCAACAAACAAUGUCCAAAAGAGGAGAUGAAUGCACUGUUUUAUUAUUGUCGUCACAAGGACGAAUCUUGUUUACCAAAUGCUGAUAAAUUGGAAAUUGUGAAAUAUCUUUUGGAUGAGUGUGACGCAAAUGUGGAAAUGACUGGUAAGGAGGUUGUUCAUGAAGAUAAUGAUUCUGUGCACCACGCCCCGCCAUUAUGGGUGGCGGCGAUUCGUGGCAAUAUACCACUUGCCGCUAUUUUAUUGGAUCAUGGUGCUAAUGUCAAUGGUCGUUCGAACUCUCAAUCUGCGGCGGUUAGAACAGCAUGCUAUAAGAAUGACGAGGAAAUGGUAGCGUUUCUUAUCUCAAAAGGCGCAGACGUGAACAUUCCAAAUAGAUACGGGUCAACAUGCCUCAUGAAUUCGGUCAAAUCAGUAUCUCUUGUAAAGUUGUUGGUUGAAAAAGGUGCCAACGUGAAUGCACGGGAGUCCAAAAAGAUGCAGUUAACGGCAUUGCAUUAUGCCAUACACAAUGACAGUCUUGAUUCCUUUAGCUUUCUUCUAGAGUCAGGAGCAGAUCCUACCAUUCCAGAUAAAUAUGGAGAUUCUCCAUUGCGGAGUGCAGCAUGUUUCUUACAGCCUGAAAUGGCAAAACUUCUUUGUCAAAGACCUGAGGUAACGCAGAAUGAGGUCAUUGAAUCUUUUGAGCUACUUGGGGCAUCUGCAGUGGACAAUGAUGAUUAUGAGGGAUCAGAGGAAUAUUGGCGCCAGGCUUUAGAACUCCGAGAGAUGCAUGGAAUUCAGAAAGAGGUUACACCUUCGCUUUCGGUCCUUGGGCCAAAUCUAGAACAUACGAAUUUCAACGAAUUACAACGUGUUUGCGAUGGCGACGAAGAACAGCGGCGGGAAUCUGUUUUGGUGAAGUGGAGAAUCCUUGGUUCACUUCACGAAGAAUUUCUCUAUACUCUUUUGCAGUAUGGCUUUAAUGGACCCGAAAACUACGAAACCUUGCAAAUCUUCAUGUGCGCACAUGAUUUGUUUACGGAGAGAAAAUCACCUCUUCACGAGAACAACAUUUAUUCAUUGAAAAUGAUGAUAAAAGUUGCAAUAACACUAGUUAAACGGUCAUCGGAUGAGGCGAAACGUGUGAUUAAUGAAAACAUUUUCAACAAGUUUAUACAAGUUAUAAACCAAAUAGCAGAAGUUCUACAGAAAGGAAAAUACAAUACCACAUCAGAACGUUCGAAAUGUUACAACAGUUUACUCUUCACAACUAUUUACUUCAUGAAAUUUCUUCUGAGUGUAGAAAACGGAAGUGAACGUUUCUUGAUAGCAUGCAGAAGGAUAGCGGGUAUUAAUCCGAGAUUUGUCUCAACAUGUGGAGGGAAUUUACUUCAGGCCGUGCUUGACCCACAGUUUUUUAACAAACAGGCACAGGGAUUCUCAAACUAUGGACUUGUUCCUCUGCUCAAUUUAGACUUGGUAAAAUUGUUCCUGACGAGUGGAUUUGAUGUGAACUUUUUUGACAGAGAAGGACGGACAUGCUUGCAUCGUUUCCUUAGACAAAUCACUAGUACAAACACAUUGGACAUUCAAGACAGAGAGAAACCAAUCGCGACCUUUCUGCUGGAUCAUGGUGCCCAUAUUGACACUGUGGACAUGGACGGAGAGAACUGCCUAGAUUUAUUGAGAAGGACAGGAUUUCUUUCUGAGGAGUUCAAAUAUCGCUCUUUGAAAUGUCUCGCAGCUCUUGUGAUAGGGAAAUACAAAAUUCCAUACGAUGGGUUGAUCCCAUUCACAUUGAAUACAUUUGUAGCUUUGCACCAACCACAGGAACAGUACUAAUACAUCAAUUUAAAUAAACAUAACCGUAUUUUUAUGAAUGAUUAGCUACAUUAUACGUCUCUCGUACCAACAUGACCAAAGUAAAAUCAAUAUUUAAGCCUACCGGUAAUUCGUAAUUGCAUAUUUAAGCUACUGUGACAGUUUUCUCCACCGUUAAAAGCAAAAUCUUUUAAAGCAUUUUUUCCCGGGAAAUAAAACGCCAAAUCAAUGUUUUUGUUGUACUGGUAUUUAUUAUUUUCCACUUAAAUCCUGUUUUAAUUUAAACCAUAUUUUAUUGUGUCUAUGGUAAACAUUAUAAGGAGAAAUAUUGUUUGAAAUGUUAAACAUUAAAUCCCCCGCCUAAUUCUUUGGGUAAGUAGCGAUUAACGGGACAGCCAUUAUGAGAUUGAACACUGUUUGUUACUUCACCUCUUUUCCCCAUGAAACAGCAAAAUGUGAAAUCAUAACGUAAAAGAGAAGAACGCGGAAUGCUGAAAAAAUUCAAUAGUACAAUUCUUGAAUUGUUUUUCAAUUAAAUAUCUUAUAUUUUCAAAUCUAUCUAAUUGUAAACAGCAUAGGUAUAAUCACUAAGGUGCCAGUCGUCCAUGUUGUCACUUCGAGAAAUUGAAAGUACAAAUAGUAAAUAAAGAAUUGUGGAAAAAUCCCGCAUUUGGAUUAAA